AUGGUUUGCAGUAGUCAAAUGCAGUCUGAUUCAGUCAGUCAGAGUCAAUCAUCGUCAGCGGUUAUUCGUGCUCGACAAGCUUUAAUUGAUUAUAUAAAACGUUGUUGUUGUGCUUAUGUUAAUCACCGUAUGGAAUUGAUAAAACGUUUACGAUGGAAGCAUGGAGGUAUUUUGCCAAAUUCAGUUAAGGAAAAUCUUUCGACAGCCGAAGUUGAAUGGUUUAAUGAAUACAACAAAUUAUUAGCUGAUUAUCAGGCAAGUUUGAGUGAUAAAGGAUUGAAUUUAAUGAGUAGUUUGCUUCCACCGAAGGAAUUAUAUGUGCAGGUGCGUGCCCUUCGGGAUUUUGGUGAGUUCGAAACGACUGAUGGUACAGUUAUUGUACUUAACGAGAAUUCUUUACAUAAUCUGCCUAUACAAGAUUGCGAUAUGCUUAUUAAGCAGGGAGUGUUGGAAGUUGUUGGUGACUGA